UGCCGUUCCCGCGGUGCGGUUAGUUUGGUUUCGAAAGCACGCGAGUUCGGUUCGGUUUUGCGAAGGAGCACGCAUCCCCUGUGGAGGCCUAAGGACAAACCGAGCGGUCCAUUGCAGUCCACGAGAGCGGCGGCCGGACACAAAAGGAUUACUCGAUUGGAUAUUCAACUCCCACCGAGCAAAUUAGCGGUUAAGGAUGAAAAUGUGUGCUUAUCAUAUCAACCGAAAAGUUAUUGCCUAAGGGCAAAAGUGCAUUCCAGGAGAAGGGUUCGCCCCUUGAGUUUACUUUUCGGUGUGUUUUUCGUGUGACGGUUCCGGUUUUCUGUGGUUGUGGAAAUGUCCGACUUCCCGUUGAAUAACUCGCUGGUCGAGUUUAUGGUGUUGUCCGAAGAUAUGAGUAAUGGUGUGAACUCCACCGUAGAAAGUUUAGCGAAAACAGUGCAGCACACGAUUGGGAAACCCUGCCGUAUUCUCAUAGCCCUUUCGUACAUCUUCGGUUGCGUCGGUAAUCUGAUAGCCCUUAUCUAUCUCUGGAACAGGAAAAACGUGCGGAACACCAAACAUUCCUUGAUGUUAAAAUGUUUACUCACAAACGACCUAAUUGGAUUAACGGGCAUGUUUGCCCAGAUGUACUUACAAGCCUAUCUGCCGAAGCAGAUCAUCAACGAGAAUAUGCACCAUUUUUGCAUCUUCCGAGUAAUUUGGCGCGUGUUCGGUAUUAGUUCCGGCUGCGUCGCAUUCGUCAUGGCGCUCGAGCGGUACAUCGCACUUACCAAGCCGUUCUUCUAUCACAAGCAUGUGUCCGAUAAAAUGAUAAGAAGAUCGAUAUUCCUGCUCUGGGCGGUUGGGGCGUUCUUUACAUUUCUUCCGUUGUUUGGCUUCGGAAUCUACUAUGACGAGCGAAAGCAAGUGUGCAUCAGAUAUCGGGAUGCCACCGAAAUGAUGGACGUCGCAUACGCGUAUCUUUUUUUCAGCGUUGGCAUCAUCCUAUGCAGCGGUAUCGUGAUAUGUAAUUUGAGCGUGCGAAAAGUUUUGUAUCGUUCCCAUCACAAAAUGCGUCGCCAGUUCAGUUCGAUUCAACCAAUUCCAAUGCUGAACCGCUCCACCAUGCGUAGUCCUCAAAAGUCUGCAAGUUUCCAUGAUUCGUCUAUUUUUCGCAUGAUUGGGGAACCCACGACAGAGGAAAUACGCUUUGCGAAGCUGAUGACAUUCCUAAGUAUCAGCUUUUUGGCCUGCUGGCUUCCACAAAUGGUCUCGAUUCUCCUAGCCCAGCUGCUGAGACCAGAGAUGAAGGCCCGGUUUAGCUGGUUCUUCCGCUUGUCAGAUAUUCUGAUCCUGCUGCACUUCAUGCUCGAUCCGUACAUCUAUGUGCUACUGAGGCAGAGCGGUCGCAGCGAUUUGCGAACCAUGAUCCGGUUGGCGUGGCCAGCGCGUAAAGCCCCCGCGAAGGAGAAAGGACGGGACACAGUGACCACGACGGACACGAGUGAUUGAGGGAGAAAGUUACGUUUCUCGAAAUAUCCCAUCUAUUUAUAUAGCGGAGUUAGGCGAAGACUUGACGCAGGGAUGUUUUUUGAUACUCUCUACACAUAUUUACCGUUUUAUAGUCGAUUUGAACAAAGUUCAAAUCGUUUGCGUACAAAAUUUUGUUUGAAUGUGAUCAAACGUUGUCGAACAACUAUCAUACAGUUACCAAAUGAAGAUGAAUCUACAAAUAA